AUGGGCAGAACGACAUACCAGUACAUCAAAGACUUCCUGACGGAACGGACUACCGAAAUCUGCGCAGGAGACCUGCAGUUCGAAGAGAAGAAGCUGGGCAGCGUCGGAACUCCGCAGGGCUCGGUGAUCUCCCCGCUACUCUUCAAUCUCGUGAUGAUCGGGGUGGCCAACCGGCUAGAAAAAGUAGUAGGAGUCCGGCACACCAUCUACGCCGACGACGUUACGCUAUGGGUACCGGGAGGAAGCGACGGACACAUCGAGACAACGCUGCAAGAAGCGGUCAACGCCAUCGAGGAGCAGCUGGGCGGGUCUGGACUCUUUCGCUCUCCGGCCAAGUCAGAACUGCUGGUGAUUCCACUGACAGCAGCGGGCAGGAAAAGAAAGAAUAUGGAAGUCAAGUACGAGCGUCUCAAGAUCACGGUCAAGACAGCGGGCGGACAAGUAAUACCGGAAAUCGAGAAGAUUCGAGUGCUCGGGCUGCUCAUCCAGCGAAACCGAGUCAACGGUGAAACGGUCAACAAGCUCGCGGGCAAAGCGGACGCGGCAAUGCGACUCAUCAAGAGGGUGUCCAACAGAAGAGCGGGGAUGAAGGAGGAGGGCCUGACUAGGCUCAUUCAAUUCUUCGCAGUUAGCCACAUAACGUACGUGGCCGCCUUCCACAACUGGAGGCUGAGUGAACGUAACAAGAUAGACGCCACCAUACGCAAGGCGUAUAAGGCAGCACUCGGUGUCCUCGGGAGCACGAGCACCGAAAAAUUCAUGGCGCUGGGAGUCCACAACACGCUGGAUGAAAUAGCCGAAACACAGAGAAUGGCGCAACUCGAGCGUUUCUCUGAAACGAGAACGGGAAGACCGAUAAUGCGGGACCUUGGCCUCGAGCCGAGGGAAGGCAAGCAGCAGAAAGACGUACCUAUACCGGAUAGAAUCAACAGAAAGCUCAGGGUCUGCCCGAUCCCGAGGAACGUGAACCCCGAGGACAAUAAGGAGUGGAGGUUGGCGAGGACCAGGGCUCUCGUGGACCUCCACGCCAGAGAAGAAGGCGCCAUCUACGUGGACGCGGCGGAGUAUCGAGGGAGCAGCGACGCAUACGCGGUGGUGGCUGUCGGGGCAUCGACGGGUGCAACGAAGACCGCGGCGAGCGUCUGGACUCGAGAGGUGCACCGGGUGGAGGGGGUGGCCAUCGCCUUGGCCGUCUCCGACCCCGGAUGCACUACAGUGUUGUGUGACUCUAGAACGGCAUUGAAGAACUACGCCAACGGUAGGGUAUGUAUUGAGGCCGCGCGCAUAAAGAGGCCGAAGACAUCGGACGCAAAAGUGUUGUGGUGA